UUACUCACCCUGAACCUGCUGCACAUUCCUUUUAUGUUCGUGCGAUAAUUACAACCCAACCAUUGCAAAGUCCAAUACGCUUUAUAAGACCAUGGCACAUCCCCCCAAGAUCUACAUUAACUCCCCUCCUCCCUCCAUCACAAAACAUACGAGAAAGUUAAAAAGAAUCUCUCAAAAGGAAGAGAAAAUAAUAAAAGUGAUAUAAAGAGAGAGGAAGAAAAAAAAAGGAAGAAAACAACCUUCAAGAUCGAGGAGCUUCAAUAUUUAGCCCCACUACCAAGAAGAAGGCAAGGUGGUGAUCGAUAAGCGUCCAAUCUCUUUACGAGUGUGGCCCUAUAGAUACCCUGCCCCUCUAACAAGGGAAGAUACUCAGUUGCUCAUCAUUUUGAGAGAUCUCAGGUAUAAUGGAGAGAAGAGAUAGUAAUCAUGGUGACGGUGGUGACGGCAACAACAGCAGCAACAACAAUGAGGAUCAUAGGGAGAUAAAAGUGAUGGAGGUAAUCCACAAGGUAGUCCUGCCGCCGCCGAGGAGCACACUGAAGAAGAUGAAGAUCAAGUUCAAGGAGACUUUCUUUCCCGACGAUCCUUUCAGGCAUUUUAAAGGAAUGCCCCUCAAAACAAAAUGGGUUUUUGGGUUUCAGUAUUUGUUUCCGAUCUUUAGGUGGGCUCCGGCUUAUUCAUUCUCGCUGUUUAAGUCUGAUCUCAUUGCCGGCCUCACCAUCGCCAGCCUCGCCAUUCCUCAGGGCAUCAGCUACGCUAACCUCGCCAACCUGCCACCCAUCAUCGGCCUCUAUUCGAGCUUCGUCCCCCCGCUGGUGUAUUCAGUCCUCGGCAGCUCAAGGGACUUAGCGGUCGGCCCGACAUCAAUCGCCUCCCUCAUAAUGGGCUCCAUGCUCCGCCCCCUCGCGAACCCCAACACCGAAUCGCACCUCUUCCUCCGGCUCGCCUUAACCUCCACGUUCAUCGCCGGGCUCUUCCAGGCCUCACUCGGCAUCCUCAGGCUCGGAUUCAUCAUCGACUUCUUGUCAAAGUCGACUCUGAUCGGAUUCAUGGCCGGGGCGGCGAUUAUAGUGUCACUUCAGCAGCUGAAGGCGCUGCUGGGGAUCGUGCAUUUUACGAAGCAGAUGGGGUUGGUUCAGGUCACGAGCUCGGUGUUCCACCGCACGGAUGAGUGGUCAUGGCAGACGAUACUUAUGGGGAUCAGCUUCUUAGUCUUUCUUCUGUCGGCCAGACAUGUUAGCAUGAAAAAGCCUAAGCUUUUCUGGAUAUCCGCAGGAGCCCCAUUAGCAUCUGUCAUCAUUUCCACACUUCUUGUUUACUUGAUAAAAGCUCAGAAAGAUGGAAUCAGCAUUAUAGGAAAACUAGAGCGUGGACUAAAUCCGCCUUCAUGGGACAAAUUAAUCUUUGAAAGUCCCUACUUAAGCACCGUGCUAAGAACUGGGAUUAUCACCGGAAUUAUCUCCCUAACGGAAGGAGUAGCUGUCGGAAGAACAUUUGCUUCCAUUAAGGACUAUCAAGUUGAUGGGAAUAAGGAAAUGAUGGCCAUUGGAAUAAUGAACAUCAUCGGUUCAUGCACAUCAUGCUAUGUCACCACAGGAGCCUUUUCUCGUUCAGCUGUGAACAAUAAUGCUGGAUGUAAGACUGCAAUGUCUAACAUAAUUAUGGCAAUUACAGUAAUGGUCACUCUCCUCUUCCUAAUGCCCCUCUUUGCUUACACCCCUAACGUCGUGCUCGCCGCCAUUAUAAUCACAGCCGUCAUCGGCCUUAUUGAUGUUCAUGCUGCUUGUCAAAUUUGGAAAAUGGAUAAAAUGGAUUUCCUUGUUUGUAUUUGUGCUCUUCUUGGUGUUAUUUUUAUUUCUGUCCAAGAAGGCCUUGGCAUUGCUGUCGGAUUAUCGAUAUUCAGACUACUUCUUCAGAUCACGAGACCAAAGACGGUGAUCUUGGGAAACAUUCCAGGAACUGAUAUCUAUCGAAAUCUUCAUCACUAUAAGGAGGCUAAAAGAGUCCCAGGCUUCCUUAUAGUGGCUGUCGAAGCUCCCAUUAAUUUUGCAAAUACCAACUAUCUCAAUGAAAGAAUUGCAAGAUUGAUAGAAGAAGAAAAGGUUGAGGAGAAACAUGAAGACCUUCGCUUCCUGAUCCUAGAUUUAUCAGUUGUGAAUGCUGUAGAUACAAGCGGGAUUGCAUUCCUAAUGGACUUGAAGAAGUCAAUGGAGAAAAGAGGCCUGGACGUCGUAUUUGUAAACCCUGUGGAAGAUGUGAUGGAGAAACUAGAGCGAGCGAACGAAGCAGACAAAUUCAUCAAACCCGAAUGUCUUUUUCUGACCAUUGGGGAGGCUAUUCUUUUGCUUUCCUCUGUGGUUAAGGAAUGCGCUUAAUUUUUACUAUGCCCAUAAGCGUUGCUUCUGUCUCUCCCAAAUUUAGAAGGUAGAAUAAAAUUAACAUUGAUCAAAAUGUACAUCUUCAAUGGCCUCAGCUAGCAUAUAUUUCUAUUUUGAAGAGAAGAAAAAUGUGCAAAAUUGUACAAAAGAUAUCGAAGCUGGCUUCAAUAGCCUGAAAAGGGAGUUAACCCAAGAAAUUGAGAAGGAAGAAAAC